GAGGCUGGAUUAGGAUGAAGAUUGUAGGAGUCACAUGGAUUUAACUUUCAAACUGGUGUCCAGUUGUUGUCCGCUCUGCAGUGACGCUCUGUGGGAAGCUGUCUGGUUGUUGUUGUAAUUCCCACCUCUGUUUUUUUAUUUCAUUUUUGAAAACUUUGCUUGCCUUUCAUGCGUUGUCAUCCAGUAUUCCGGCGUUUGUUUGUUUUUUAUUUGGACUUUUCGUGGACUUGCAGAGCGCAGACCGGUUGCCCCUUCAGUUUUGACCAUGCAGCAAACUUUGCAACACUUUCGCAUCUGAAAAACCCCUGUUUUGUGAUGUAAAACUUUGCCGAAGGAAGGAAAGGUUUGCGUUUAUUUACUCACAAUGACUGAGGAGAGCAGAAGUGAGCACAGAGCUGAAAGCGGGAAGGACUUGGAGAAACAGCUCCGGCUCCGAGUGUGCGUCCUGAAUGAACUUUUAAAGACUGAACGGGAUUAUGUUGGGACACUAGAGUUUCUCUCGGUGUUUCUACAUCGUCUCAACCAGUAUGCAGCCACCAAAAUCGACAAGAACAUCACAGAGGAGACUGUUAAGGUUUUAUUCUCCAACAUUGAGGAGAUUCUGGCCAUUCACAAAGACUUCCUGUCAAUGGUGGAAGAGCUGCUCCAGCCUGACCCUCAUGCUCACCAUGAAAUCGGGCGCUGCUUCUUGCACUUUAGGAGCCGUUUCCAGAUUUAUGAUGAAUACUGCGGGAAUCAUGAGAAGGCUCAGAGGCUGCUGCUGGAACUCAAUAAGAUCAGGAGCGUCCGGACAUGUUUACUGAACUGCAUGUUGCUGGGAGGCAGAAAAAACACGGAGGUCCCACUGGAGGGUUACCUGGUAGCUCCUAUUCAGAGGAUCUGCAAGUACCCAUUGCUGCUCAGAGAGCUACUGAAAAGAACCCCCAAGAAACACAACGAUUAUGCCCUGGUUCAGGAGUCUCUGCAGGUGAUGAAGGCUGUGUGCUCCAGCAUCAACGAAGCCAAGAGACAGAUGGAGAAGUUGGAGAUUUUGGAGGAAUGGCAGUCCCAUAUCGAGGGCUGGGAGGGCUCCAAUAUCACUGAUACAUGCACGGAGAUGCUCAUGCAUGGCGUCCUCCUGAAGAUUUCAGCUGGAAACAUACAAGAGAGGAUUUUCUUCCUGUUUGACAAACUUCUGGUCUAUUGCAAGAAGAAAAACAGGCGUUUAAAAAACAGCAAGACGGCCACAGAAGGUCCUCGCUACCUGUUCAGAGGUAGAAUCAACACGGAGGUGAUGGAGGUGGAAAAUGUGGAUGAUGGCACUGCUGACUACCACAGCAGUGGGAACAUAGUAAACAACGGCUGGAAGAUCCACAACACGGCCAAGAACAAGUGGUUCGUCUGCAUGGCCAAGACCCCGGAGGAGAAGCAGGAGUGGCUGGAGGCCAUCAUGAAAGAGAGGGAGCGGAGGAAAAGUCUGAGGCUCGGCAUGGAGCAGGAUACGUGGGUGAUGGUGUCAGAGAAGGGAGAGAAGCUCUACCACCUCAUGACCAAGGGUAACCUCAUUAAGGACCGGAAACGCAAGCUCACCACCUUCCCCAAGUGCUUCCUGGGAAGUGAGUUUGUAUCUUGGCUGAUGGAAAUCGGCGAGACAGGCAAUCCAGAGGAAGGGGUUCACCUGGGUCAGGCUCUGCUGGAGAAUGGCAUCAUCCACCAUGUCACAGACAAAUACCAGUUCAAACCUGAGCCUGUACUGUACCGCUUCCGCUACGACGAUGGCACCUACCACCCCAGAAGUGACAUGCAUGAUGUCAUAUCUAAGGGUGUUCGGCUCUUCUGCCGUCUUCACAGCCUCUUCACUCCUGUCAUCAGGGAUAAGGACUACCAUUUGCGAACCUACAAAUCAGUGGUGAUGGCCAACAAGCUGAUAGACUGGCUUAUCGCACAGGGGGACUGCAGAACCAGGGAGGAAGCGUUGAUCUUGGGGGUGGAGCUGUGCGACAAUGGCUUCAUGCAUCACGUGCUGGAAAAGAGUGAAUUCAAGGACGAGCCCUUGUUGUUUCGUUUCUUUGCUGAUGAGGAGAUGGAGGGUUCCAACACCAAACACAAACCUAUGAAGCACGACCUGAAAAUAGUUGAGAACGUCAUCUCCAAGUCUCUCCUGAUAAGGCCAAGUGAUGGAGGCUACGGCUUUACCCUGGAAGAGAGGAACAGAGUCCCCAUCAUCAAAUCUGUAGAGAAGGGCUCCCCAGCUGAGAUGGCUGGCCUGGAGGUGGGGAAGAAGUUGUUUGCCAUAAAUGGAGACCUAGUGUUCCUCAGGCCUUUCUCUGAAGUGGAAGUUCUCCUCAGGCAGUGUUUCAACAGCAAGGGACCCCUCAGGGUGCUGGUUAGCACCAAACCAAGAGAGACGGUAAAGAUCCCCGACUCAGCUGAUGGGUUGGGUUUCCAGAUUCGUGGCUUCGGCCCUUCUGUCGUCCAUGCUGUUGGGAGAGGCACGGUGGCAGCCAUCGCCGGCCUCCACCCGGGCCAGUGCAUCAUCAAGGUGAACGGCAUCAAUGUGAGCAAAGAGAGCCAUGCCAGCGUCAUCGCUCAUGUCACUGCUUGCAGGAAGUACCGACGGCCCACCCAGCAAGACACUAUUAAGUGGGUGUACAACAACAGUGAGAGCGCCCAGGAGGACAGCCAGAAAACUAACCAGAAACCAACCCCCGAGGAGAAUGGAGACGGCUUUGAGUGUAAAGUAGAAGAGGUGAUGGACAAGUUCAACACUAUAGCCAUCAUUGAUGGGAAGAAGGACCAUGUAAGUCUGACAGUUGACAACGUCCACCUGGAGUACGGAGUGAUGUAUGAGUAUGACAGCACCGCUGGCAUCAAGUGUCACGUGCUGGAAAAGAUGGUGGAACCCAAGGGAUUCUUCAGCCUCACUGCUAAGAUCCUGGAGGCACUGGCGCGUAAUGAUGACAUGCUGGUGCAGAUGUGUGGCAGGUUGAGUUUUAGCUGUGAUGUGAUCCCAGAGGAGCUGCAGGUACGCUUCAGUGCCAUGUGUGGUGAGAGGGUGGAGCACAUCAACCGACGUAUCACCAACUACAGAAAGUUUGCUCGGGUACUGAAGAACAGAGCAUGGCCAACCUUUAAGCAGGCCAAGGCUAAGGUGUCCCCACUCCAUAGCAGCGACUUCUGCCCUACAAACUGUCAUAUCAAUGUGAUGGAGGUGUCCUAUCCGAAGACCACCACCUCCCUGGGUAGUGCCUUUGGUGUGCAGCUGGACAACAGGAAGAACACGCUGGAGAAGGGAGGACGCAGUAGUGCUGAGCAGGGUAAGCUGAACCCCAUGGUUAAUGUCCAGCAUACUAUCACUACUAUGGCCGCACCAUCGGGUCAUAGCCUGGGCAGAACAGAGGGCCACGGCCUUCGCUUCCUGCUCAGAGAGGAAGACCUGCUCACCCUGGAUGCUUACCAGAAACUUCUCUACAAACUUACCACGGUUGUCAAGGAGAUGGAGACGCACGGUGCCCAUAUCCAUGACCUUUUAUCCUCCAUCACCCACCCUCCAGCAACAGAGGUGAGGACCCCAGAGAGCUACAUAUCAGCAGAGAGUGAGGGGGAGAAGGGGGAGCGGAACGGGAAGAAAGUGUGUUUUAACGUGGCAGGUGACGAGCAGGAAGACUCAGGACACGACACAAUCAGCAACCGAGACUCAUACAGUGACUGUAAUAGCAACAGAAACUCCAUUGCCUCGUUCACCAGUAUCUGCAGUAGCCACUGUAGCUCCUACGUUCACAGCGAUGAGAUGGACUCAGGAGAUGAGAUGCCCUCCAGUGUGUGGCUAUCCCAUGAUAAGCAGAAGAAACUUCACAGCUUUCUGGAACAUCUGUUUAGCCAGGUGGACUCAAUCACCAGCAUGCUGAGAGGAGCAGUGGUGGCUCGGGCAUUCGAGCAGACCAAGUGCUUCACACCCGGAAGAGGAUUACAAGAGUUUCAGCAGGAGAUGGAGCCCAAGGUGAACUGCACCAAAAAGUUGCGUCUCCACGUCAAGCAGGAUCCCUGGAACCUCCCCAGCAGCGUUCAGACCCUCACGCAAACCAUUGCUAAAUACGUAGAGGAGGUGAAGACACGGCUGCUGUUGGUCUUACUACAAUAUACAGACUCAGAGAUCCAGUUGCGUCGAGAUAUGGUGUUCUGUCAGUCUCUAGUUGCAGCUGUGUGUGCCUUCUCAGAGCACCUACUGGCUGUCCUCAACCAGUUCCACAAUGUAGGCAGGGAGCCGGACCAGGACAGCUCAGACCCCCAGGACCUUCAGGAGGCCCAGGAAGCCAGCCGCCGUUGGCUUGAGCAGAUUGCCAGCGCUGGGCUGCUCUUCCACUUCCAGUCCCUCCUCUCACCGAAUCUGACUGAUGAGCAGGCCAUGUUGGAGGACACACAGGUAGCCCUCAUUGACCUUGAGAAGGUCACAUUCUACUUCCAGCAAUUUGAAGGGGAACCACUGGUGGCCAACAUGCCCAUGUCAUACCAGGUGGAGGGCACCCGUCAGACCUUGAAAGUUUGCUUCUACCUUGAGAGUUUCUACUUCUCCCAGCUGCCCCACAGGCUGAGAAACGGGGGAGGCAUCAAAAUCUACCCUGUGCUCUUCACACAAGCGCUGGAGAGUAUGGAGGGUUACUACUACAGAGACAAUGUGUCAGUGGAAGAAUACCAGGCCCAAAUCAAUGCUGCCUCAUUGGAUAAGGUCAAACAGUACUACAAGAGAUUGAGGGCUUUCUACCUGGAUCAGUCAAACAUGCCACCUAGCUCUGCACCCAAAGCUGCCCUCAUAGAUAAGUUGAUGCGUCCCCUUAAUGCUCUGGAGGAGCUGUACCGUCUGAUGGAGAGUUUUAUCAGCUGUCGCCGCACUGCUGCCUGUCAGUACACUGCCUGCGGGGCUUCUGGAGUGGGGCUGCUUACUGUGGCCUCUGAGCUCUGCUCUCGUCUGGGAGCCACACACAUCGUCAUGUGCAACAGCGGCGUUCAUCGCUGCACCCUGAGUGUGACACUGGAGCAGGCCAUCCUGCUGGCCCGAAACCACGGCCUGCCCCCUCGCUGCAUCAUGCAGGCCACUGAUGUCAUGAGGAAACAGGGGGCCAGAGUUCAGAAUUCCGCCAAGAAUCUGGGAGUGAGGGAUCGCACACCAUCAACAGUCCCAAGGUUGUACAAGUUGUGCCAGCCGCCACCCCCGGAUGGUGACCCAUAAUGCAUUGCAUCCAGGAAGAUGCUGAAGAAGUCUAGAGGAGCUUUGAGUCCCAAGCAUCCUUUUUCCUCCCUCCACCCAUGAAGGAUCAACCUAAAUAAAGACAUUUAUUGGGUCCAUUUUAUAUAUCCAGAGUAGAUGCCCUAAAGUGUAAAUAGGAUUUUAAAACCGUAAAUAGUAUUUUUAAUACGUUAUAUUUUUCACUGUUGUACUUUAUACAUAUUUUGAGUUUUUUUUUUUUUCAUGUAAUGCAUCUUACAAGACAAUGAUUCAGAGUUAGAAAGGAAAAUAUUUUUAGCCAGAGAAUGCAUUUAAAUUAGCCCAAUGAAAUUGAGUAAAUCCCAUCAGUUCACUGUCUGCAUAUAAUGGGCUGAAAAUCAUGUUUGCUUUCACGAGGGACAUUUGCAUUUCAUGUUAUUAGUUUAAUUUGCAUAUGAAAUAAGCAAGAUAAUAUUGAUUAAAAGGAUACUGGAUGAAAUUUGGCUUUCUAUUGUGUUCAAAUUAGCCAAUAAUUUCUCUGCUUCUCUUUAGCUCUGACUUCUACGCUUUAUCGAAUUCUGUCAGUAUUGGAUAACCAUAUGAAUGUGUGUUUUGUAAUGUUCCUCAUGAUCUUUAUUCGCUUGUAAAUAUACAUAUUUAGUGUGUGAAUGUGGUAUAAGAGUCAUGCCCUUGUUUCCCAUUGUCUGUAACAUGCAUGCAUAUGAAGAUUCUAAAUGGUCUAUCAGUAUUAACACAUAAUAGCUUUCCAGAUGUAGAGCUAUGAGAUAUAUUCUGUUAUUUUAUAUUGACAGUACUCAGGAUUAAAGUGUCUCUCCAUGUUACUUAUUACUGGAUGUAUCAUUGUAGGUGGAUGUCUAGCUCACUACUAUGCAAACAAACAAGUGGUAUUAAACUGCAUCAAUAAGCUCCAGUAGUGUUUCCUAUAUACUGUAUGUCUCUGUUUCAUCCAGGUGAAAAUGGUUGAUUUUUGCUGCAGAUUUUCUUUGAAACACUAAAAUGCUGUCAUGUAAACAGUAUGUAAAAAAUAUAUUAAAAUGGAUAACAAUGGA